UACCAAACAAAGAAAGACAUUUCCUCUUACAGAUUUACUAGUUUUGUUUUUAGAGUGAAGCUUACAGAUUUUUUUUCCUAAAAAAAAGGUUAAAGCUUACAGAUUUACAAGUUACACCUACAUUUUCUCAACAGAAAAAGAAAAAAAAAAUACUAAUUAUUAGUUUAUGGGAUACAUGGAUUAUAAAAACGGAAACAAAAAUUAGAGAAAAAAGGGCAAACAAAAAGAAAAAUCUAAUGAAGAAGAUCAUGACCGGAUUCAUAAUCGAGGAGCAAAAAUUACCCAUUUUCCCGUAGAGAGCUUGAAAGCGAAUUUCCUCUUGGAAAUCCAAUUUUAAGCUCUCCUGCAACAAACCCACCAAAAAUGUCAGGCAAAAAACAAACCCUUUUCAUAGCUUCUCUGAUCGUUCUGUGGUACUCAUCUAACAUUGGUGUUCUUCUCCUCAACAAGUAUUUACUCUCCAAUUAUGGCUUCGUCUUCCCAAUCUUCCUCACAAUGUGUCAUAUGUCCGCUUGUGCUAUUCUCAGCUAUAUAUCCAUUGGUUUGUUCAAAAUUGUUCCUCUUCAGAGAAUCAAAUCGAGGGCUCAGUUCUUCAAAAUCGCUACUUUAAGCGUUGUCUUCUGUGGUUCCGUCGUUGGUGGUAACAUUUCGCUUAGGUAUCUUCCCGUCUCUUUUAAUCAGGCGGUUGGUGCCACAACUCCUUUCUUCACAGCAAUGUUUGCGUAUCUGAUGACAUUUAAGAGGGAAGCUUGGGUUACGUAUGCUGCGUUGGUACCAGUCGUCGCAGGUGUGGUCAUUGCCAGUGGGGGUGAGCCUAGUUUUCAUUUGUUUGGUUUCAUCAUGUGCAUAAGUGCCACUGCAGCAAGGGCCUUCAAGUCUGUUCUUCAGAGUAUCCUACUUUCAUCUGAAGGGGAGAAGUUGAACUCGAUGAAUUUGCUGCUGUAUAUGUCCCCAGUUGCUGUUGUAGUUUUAUUACCUACCACAGUAAUCAUGGAGCCCAAUGUAUUAGAUGUCAUUCUUUCACUUGGGAGAAAACACUGGUCAAUGUGGCUUCUUCUUUUGGUUAAUUCUGUGAUGGCCUACUCAGCAAACUUAACCAAUUUCUUGGUGACUAAGCAUACAAGUGCACUGACACUCCAGGUGCUAGGAAAUGCAAAAGGAGCUGUGGCUGUUGUUAUCUCAAUACUUCUGUUUCGAAAUCCUGUAACUUUUGUUGGAAUUGCCGGAUAUUCUUUAACCGUCAUUGGGGUGGUCCUUUAUGGAGAAACAAAGCGGCGGUAUAAAUGAGCAAUUGGCCUCAUACACACCAUGGUGGGGAAUCUGAGUUUUUUGUGCAGUUACAAAUAGAAGCGAUUUAAGUCUAGUAGAUCCUCAACAAAGAUUUUUUGAUGAUUAGACUUUAGAAGAGAAGGAAUUGAGUUCCUAUCCUCCAUUAUUCCAUGUACUCAUUGAGAUGCAGAUUAUUUCUCUUAUUUCUUUUUCUUUUCCAGUAAUUCUUAUGUUUUUGUUAUUGUUGUUCUAUUUAUUAUAAACACGACUGUAGACAAGGAUUUAUCAUUUUGUAUUGGAGUAAGAAUUUUUCAUCAGA